AUGACAGGCAAAAUGAAGCUAUACAAGUUGGUGGUGCUGGGUGAAGGUGGUGUCGGGAAAACUGCGCUUACAAUCCAGUUGUGCUUGAAUCACUUCGUUGAAACCUAUGAUCCCACCAUCGAAGAUUCGUAUCGAAAGCAGGUCGUCAUUGACCAGCAACUCUGUAUGCUCGAAGUAUUGGACACUGCGGGCCAAGAGGAAUACACUUCAUUGCGCGAUCAGUGGAUUCGGGAUGGCGAAGGCUUCGUCUUGGUCUACAGCAUUACUUCCAGGAGCUCGUUCAGCAGCAUACAGAAAUUCUACAACCAGAUCCAAUUAGUGAAAGAAUCCGCAAGUUCCGGUUCGCCAACUGGCGCUGGAUACCUGUCUGCUCAGAUAAAUGGUGCUAAUUCAGGCCCUCCCGCGCCCGUUCCCGUCAUGCUCGUUGGCAACAAAUGCGACAAAGCGGUCGAACGCGCCGUCUCGUCGCAGGAGGGAUUCGCAUUGGCACGGGAAUUGGGUUGCGAAUUCGUUGAGGCGUCCGCCAAAAAUUGCAUCAAUGUCGAGAAAGCAUUUUUUGACGUUGUGCGAUCUCUCCGCCAGCAGCGCCAGCAGCAGCAGUUCCAGCAAUCGCAACACUCGACGCGACACUUGGACCGACGGGGCACGGCUUAUGGCGCCGCAUGCAGCCGCCAACCGGUGCCAAAUACACGAGGACUUUUGGGAGCAACCGAAAGAACUAUUUCUGGGACGCAAUGA